GCUCAACUUCCGUUCUACACUUCGCUAAUACUGUAUCGUCACACACCACAAUGACCCGACACACGUUCAUCUUUUGGCUUUUGCAAUCUCGAAAACCAGAUGUAAUACGCCAUCUUCAUCUGAUUUAAAAUUCGCUAGAGUCGUCAGUACACACAAUGCUGGCAGAGUCAGUUUCGAUGACAUAAAAAGAUCCACCCACUGACCACAAUAGUGGUUUUCAAUAUGCAAAUCUAUCCCCCAUUACGAUCUCGAUUCUUCAAUCACUUUUAAAUACCGUUAAUUUCAUUUGUUACUAUACCAUCUUGAAUAAUUGAGGUCAUUUUGAAUGAAUGAUCUAUUGCGAUUUCAUUGCUCGAGUAUAUAUAAAUAAGGGUUCUCAUUACGCAUCCAAGUGUUAAGCAAUCCUUGAAAAUGUUGAGACGGUGACAGGAGUCAUUGAACGAGAUCCACUCCCACAAACAUCCCACAAUUGCCUCCAUGGUGCCGCCCGAGUCCCGAGCAGACAAGAACGGGGAUAUCGCCCGGAGGAUGUCCAAAUCACUUCAUAAACUGCGGAGGGCAAGCGAAGAUCUCUCGUAAUAGUUUUGCGAAGGUCCAUCGUGCUUUCCUCAUUCACGCAUUCCUCAGUUCUGCUGUAUAAAAAGCAAAUGUAAUUCUUUUCUCCCGUAUCUUUCUCGGGCAUACUGGGUUAGUGACCAUGCACUCCUUCCAUAGCUGUUUAUAAUUCUGCAUUACCCCCUCCCUCGACUCGACAUAUUUUCAUUUUUUUUUUCCUGGCCCACUUCUUGUACAUAGUAUACUCUAUAAUUCAUCCCUCCCGUGCUUUCUUCCACCCAGCACCAUAAGGGUCCUCCACCUCCGACAUAAUCACAUCCAAUCCCCAUCUCUCCCAAAAAUCGAAAAUCAUGAGUGCAAUCCAAGACGACCAGAACAAGAUCGAAUCGGGUGAUGCGCGCAAACCGCACACACCGGACUCAGGUUCGCACCACACUCAAGACAAAGAAGGAAUCAUGGGAGAGACCGACGCGCUAGAGGCGCACGGGCGUGCAAAUUUCAGUCGACUCGGCUGGAAGCGGCUUACGGUUAUUUUACUUGUGGAAGCCAUUGCGCUUGGUGCUCUAUCUAUUCCUGGAGCCUUUGCAACGUUGGGUAUGGUAGCUGGGGUGAUUCUCACCGUCGGGGUUGGAUUGAUUGCCAUCUACACCAGUCAUAUAAUAGGGCAGGUCAAACUGGCGUUUCCACAUGUGGCGCAUUAUGCGGAUGCUGGGAGGUUGCUGAUGGGACGGUUUGGGUACGAACUAGUCGGGGCGAUGUUUGCGCUGGAGCUGACAUUUUUGGUGGGAUCGCAUUGUUUGACGGGAACAAUUGCGUUUCUCAACUUGUCGAACAAUGGGGCGUGCUCAGUGGUUUUUGGGGUUGUGUCGGCUAUUAUUCUGCUGGUGUUGGCAAUUCCCCCUUCGUUUGCAGACGUGGCCAUCUUGGGUUAUAUCGAUUUCGUGUCAAUUAUGGCAGCAAUUGGCAUUACUAUUGUAGCUACUGCUGUGGUAUCUGGUUCUUCGGCCGGGGGGUUGGCACAAGUGGACUGGUCUGCGUGGCCUAAGGAUGAUCUCUCUUUCUCGGAUGCUUUUAUCGCCAUCACCAACAUUGUCUUCGCAUACUCAUUUGCAGUGUGUCAAUUUUCCUUUAUGGACGAGAUGCACACACCACGUGAUUACCUCAAAUCGAUUUGGGCACUCGGCUUAAUCGAAAUUGUCAUCUACACACUCACAGGAGCAUUAAUCUACGCCUUCGUUGGGCAGGAUGUGCAAUCCCCUGCACUUCUAUCAGCCGGGAACCUCAUGGCCAAAGUAGCGUUCGGCGUUGCGCUACCCGUCAUCUUCAUCUCGGGCUCCAUCAACUGCACUGUGGUCGCGCGCUACAUUCACGGACGCGUAUAUAAGAACUCAGUGGUGCGCUUCAUCAACACGAAAAAAGGCUGGCUGACAUGGUUGGGGCUUAUAAGCUUCCUUACAAUUAUUGCGUGGGUGAUUGCGGAAGCAAUCCCCUUCUUCUCGGAUCUGCUGUCCAUUAUGUCGGCGCUGUUUGUCUCCGGUUUCACAUUCUACUUCCCGGCCAUGAUGUGGUUCAUGCUAAUUAAGAAGGGGAAGUGGUAUGCGCGUGAGAAUUUGUUCUUGAGUGUGGUGAAUGGGGCGGUAUUUGUCAUCGGGAUUGUGGUUUUAGUGGGUGGGACGUAUGCGGCAGUGGAAGACAUUAAAAACCAAUACGCCGAAGGAACAGUUCGAGGGGCGUUUACAUGUGCACCGAUAUCAUAGGGGUGAGGUAGUGUUGAACAAGUUUUUCUCAAACAAAAUGGGAUAGAAAUGCGAUUAUGUCUCCUUUCUUGCAAGAAUUGACUCGAAGAAAGAAUUAGAAAGAUAGAAAGAACAUGACCUUAAUGAAAUUAAUGAAGAUUUACGUCGAGGUCGUUAGCCCUGUGAUCUCUA